ACCUUCCCCUUCUCUGCUUUUUCCUCCAACAUGGAAUUCCGCUCAGCUCGGCAAGCAGUACUGCAGCUACUCCGUACGGUGGCUCCAGCAGACCUCCCAGCUCUGCUCCAGUGGAUGAGAACUACCCGAGAUUUUGAUGAAUUCAUUCAAGACAAUAAUGACAUUAUAUUGAAAAACAUAGCAGAAGACCUUCGGAAUUGCUUACCUCUAGAAACCAUGCUUUCUUCAGAACAUCUAGCCCUCCAAAAAAUACAGCAGCAGCCAGAACCCACAGUUCACGUUGAUGCAUUCCUUUAUGAUGAAGACUUUAUUGAUUCAUUAUGUGAGGAAGGAAAACUGAGCAGAUACUACUGUAUGGUGUGCGGCUCACACCAGACGGCACCUUUAGGGUUUAUUUCUCAUUCCUUCUCUCUCAUGGAAUUGAAGUUCAUUUAUCAUCAUGUACUCCCUGAUCUGUCGGGAAAGGUCUUGGUUGACGUUGGCUCCAGGCUUGGCAUCGUCCUUUACGGGGGUUAUCUUUACAGUUCAGCAUCACAACUACAUGGAGUAGAAUUGAAUGGAGACUUUUGCCAGUUGCAGGAAAUGGUCAUAAAAAAGUACCAGUUCACUGACAGAAUAAAGGUGCUUCAUGCAGACAUCUGUACACAAGGUUCACUUCUGCAAAAUGCUGAUGUUAUUAUAAUGAAUAAUGUCUUUGAAUAUUUUCUUAAUGAGGCAGAACAGGCCAGAGCCUGGGAAUAUAUCAGCCAUAAUGUAAGGAAACAAGGAUCCUUAUUAGUGACAGUGCCAAGUCUUGAAGAUUCUCUCUCAGGUCUUCAGGUUAAUAUACAGUUAUCUCCCUGGGUUGAAGAGGUACCACUGAACUAUGACGUAUACCCAGAAAAGGAUGUUGACAGGGAAGCUCUUGAACAAAUACAUUUAUACAAGAUUCUCUAACACUACAAUAGUCCUACCUCAGUGUAAAAUAAUUACAAAAUAAUUUAAAAGAAACAGAACCCCAGUAUCCUAACACAUAUUUUUUCUGUAUAUUCCUUUCUAGUCUUUGUACAUAUGCUUACAUGUUUGUAAAUAGUUGUAUGUAUAUAUAUACAACUUUGCGUGAUAAUUUUAUUAAAA